AGGAUCGUUAAUACCAAUGAUAAGGGAUUGAAGGCAGAUGAAGUAUGGAAUAUAAAUCUACAGAAAUCACAGCAGACUAUAACACAAGUUGUAUGUAAACGAGCUAUAGAACAUGUACAUUCCCAGGGUCGUGUAUUAGGUGAUAGAAGUGUGUUGUAUAAAUAUUUAAAUCCUAAUCUAAUGGCUGUUGUAACAGAAGGUGAAGAACCACCAUCACCUGGUACACACAAAGGUCCAUCUAAGUUUUUCAGCAUAUAUUUAGUAGAUGGUGUUACAGGUCAUAUAGUCUUUCAUGUAAAUCAUAAAAGAUGUCACGGACCAAUUAAUACAGUACAUUCCGAGAACUGGGUUGUUUACUCCUACUUCAGUGAAAAGCAUCGUCGACAUGAGAUUGCUGUAUUAGAGAUGUUUGAGGGAAAGGAACAGAGUAAUUCUACUGCCUUCUCCUCCCUCUCCCCUCCACCUCAACCCCUAGUCUUACGUCAGUCUUAUGUCUUCUCGUCACCUUUAUCAGCCAUGGCAACCACUGUUACGGAAAAGGGGCUGACAAAUAAAAAUAUUAUUAUAUCGUUAAAAUUUGGAGGUUUACUGUCAUUACCUAAAGCUUUAUUAGAUCCUAGACGACCUGCCAUGCCAUCACAAGAAAGCAUGGAAGAGGGUGUUAUACCAUAUAUACCAGAAAUACCAAUACAUACUGAAGCUAUAAUAAAUUAUAAUCGUACAUUAAGUCGUGUUGAUGGUAUAUAUACAGGACCUGCUGGUCUAGAAUCUACAUCACUUAUACUUACAUAUGGUUUAGAUAUGUUCUACACCCGAGUUAUGCCAUCUAAAAUGUUCGAUGUUUUAAAAGAAGAUUUUGAUUAUGUUUUAAUUGGUUCCAUUUUAUUUAUUAUGAUUCUUGUAUCAAUAUUAACUCAAAAGUUAGCCGCUAAAAGAGCUCUAUCCAGGGCAUGGAAGUAAAUCUCGUUUAAUAUUAGUGUAGAAUUUUAUCCAAUUUUUCUCCUCGUUUUGUGUAAUGUUUUCUUUGUUUUUUUGUGUGAAUUGAAUUAUGUUUGGUUUUGUAUAAAUGGAUCUAUGUUUUUGUAUUUUUUACUGAAUCAGGUUAUAAAAAUUUGUAUUUGUUUAUAUGUGCAUUUGUAUAAAGACUCCUUUCAAAAAUUAUGUAAAACAAAGGAUUAUACAAAAAGUUGUAUUUAUUGAUAUGCAUAUUUUGUAUAGGGAGGUCUUUCAAUAAUUAUGUAAAACAAGGGAUUAUAUAAAAGGAUAUUGUGUAUGUAUGCAUUUUGUAUAAGGACAUUUUGUAUAUUGUGUAUGUAUGCAAUUUGUAUAAGGACAUUUUAUAUAAGAACAUCUUGUAUAUUGUGUAUGUAUACAUUUUGUUUAAGAACAUCUUGUAUUUGCGUAUGUAUGCAGUCUGUAUAAAGACAUCUUGUAUAUUGUGCAUGUAUGCAUUUUGUAUAAAGACAUCUUGUAUAUAUGCAUUUUGUAUAAGGACAUCUUGUAUAUUUUGUGUGUAUACAUUUUGUAUAAGAACAUCUUGUAUAUGUAUACAUUUUAUAUAAGGACAUCUUGUAUAUUGUGUAUAUAUGCAUUUUAUAUAAGAACAUCUUGUAUAUUGUGCAUGUAUGCAUUUUGUGUAAAGACAUCUCGUAUAUAUGCAUUUUGUAAAAGGACAUCUUGUAUAUUGUGUGUGUAUACAUUUUAUAUGAGGGCAUUUUUUAUGAAUAAUGUAAAACAUAGGAUUAUAUAUUGAGCAUAAUACAUGUUUAUGUAUAUUUAUGAUAAUAAUCAAGGGGUUGUUUCUAGAUCAGUUUAAAGGGGUACUCAAUAGUUAAUACAGAUCAAUUAGGCAUGAAUAUGUGCAACAUCUGAAACAAAUCUUAAUAAUACAUUACAGGUAUUUAUUUGAGAAGGUUUAAGGUUAGGGAUGUUACAUGUAUGAUGUCGCACUCAUGUUACUGUGGUUUCUAAGAAGUUCGAUGCACAGUUGUGAUGAUUGCUUUGCUCUAUGUAGUGAGGUACUGGGAACUUUAUAAAAAACAAACGACCUGGGACUCUGAAUGUGAAAAGUUAUGUCUCUAAAAAAAAAUUUUCUUCUGGUAUCCACAUUAGAUGUAGAUUAUGUACUUUAUAUUUCAUCUGUUUUACAUACAGGUUUGAUUCAGAUGACUUUUUCUUGAUCAUCUCACACUGACUGAUUUGACUAAUAGGCGAAACUGUGGAGAUCUAUUGAUAAGCUGUUUUUUUUAUCAUUAAGACUUUUGAGAUGGUGAGAAACCAUCUUCCAGUUUCACAGAGAUAAUAUUUUUAUUAUUAUUAUUAUUACACUUUACAUAAAUAUGAACAGACAUAUUAGAGCAAGAAAAUAUUACAUUUACAUAAUGAAAAGAGAUAACAAAGAGAAUAUACUUGAUGAAAUAUAUAAAAAAAAAAUUGUUAUUGUCACCCACCUUUGGACAAGAUAACUUUGAUUCUAUCUGAUAGAGAGUAAUGAAACUUAGUGUAUAGUUGAUAAUCAGUUUGAUUGCUCGAUACUUUUGAAAAAAAAAUAAAUGUGCGAUUAAUUAAUAUGUGUCAUCGAUUUAUUUUGGGAUUUCGGCGGGGGACAUCAGCCUCACUGUUGGCUUGUUAUAGAUUAAAUUACAUGUAACUAAAAAUUAAAAGAGCUCUGGAUAAGAUAGAUUUUUAUUUCUGACAAAUGGGUUCAGAUGGGAUAUUUAUGUGGACAGGUUCUGCUAACUAUAUUUAAGAAGAACUUUAAAUUUGUGUAACAUUUUGCAAAGACAAUGUUGCUUUAAUUGCAAAUUUUACUGUUAAAUGUUCAUGUGUUGAAUCCAAGGAGCAAAUGUUGAUUGUUUAUCAAAAUAUUGUUGGUGUAAUAUAUUAUUUUGUUGUUUAAAAUAUAAUUAAAUUAUCAAUUGUAAACACAAUCAAAUAUUCCAUACACUUUUCAUACUACUAAAUAAAACCAUUUAACACUUA